UUAAUUCCCUCAGGUGGUGUAUCCCAAAUCUUGAGCUCCAGUGUCCACAUCGGGUAGUUUUGGUUCUGGCAGCACAACACUAUCCAAGCUUAUCAGCAACUCAAUCCUUGACCUUGAAAGAUCACACCGCCUUUGUGGAAAAGAGUAUUUCGGUGCAAUUUUAUCAUUUUGCAUAACGGCAGCGCUUUAAUGUAGUAGAUACCAAAAAUAGCGAUCCAACGAAAAGAACCGUCCAUCAAAGAAGAAAGAACCUGCUCUGCAAAGUUCCUCAUCUUCCUUCCUUCCUUCCCUUUUUCCAUUCGGAUCCAAUAACUCAAUCACGCAUUUCAGAGAUGAAUUCCAACUAUGGCAAAUCCAACCCGCACAAACCUUCCUCCGUUUCACUCAACAACGUCAAUUUCGAUUUUGAUUUGGGGAUCGGAUCCAAUCGUCCCAAAUCCCUAAACGAUCAGAAAAACCCCAAUCCCUCCUCUUAUUCCUCUUAUUCCUAUUCCAAUUCCACCACCACCACUUCCUCUGCCCAACCAAACAAACCAUCUUGGACCCACCACCCCGCUCCGACUCAGUCGUCCGGGUUGCCGGGUGCACCCACUUCAAUGGUUGGUGACAUCUCUGGCAAGAGUUGGGGAUCCACUCAACCUUCGGGUUCCAGUAUUGGGAUUGUUAAUAAUAAGAACCCCAAUCUUUUUGGAGAUUUGGUUACCUCUGCUUUGGGACAGGGUUCUAAAACUGCUCCUACCAAUGUUCCUCUCAAAAAUGCUUCCAAGGUAUCAUCAGCUCCCACACCCAACAAGACCACCUUUUCAAUGGGAACUAUGUCUGAUUCUUUGCCCAAAACUGGUAACGCCCAACAAAGUAGUGCUGCUUGGGGUGGAUCUUCUGGGAGUUUUGGUAUUAAUGCCAAUAAAAGCCCCAGUCUUGGGGGUCGUGGUGGUGGUGCUGCAUCUGGGAGUGGAACCGGUUCUAUUAACAAAGAUCCAUUUAGUUCUUUGGCUGGUAUUGGAUCCAAGCAAACUGCUAGUCUUAAUUCAGCUGCUAAAGACCAAAAGGUUGAUUCUGCGGAUUUUGGUUUUGGAGAUUUUCAGAGUGCUUCCAAACCAAGCUCUACCACAUUUCCAUCAAGUGGUACUACGGGAAUUGAUGUUGAUUUUACUGGAUCAACUGCUUCGGAUCAGACCCCACCUGUCCAGGCAUCAGGUGGUGGUGGUGGUGAUCCAAUGGACAUGUUUUUCACAUCUUCCUCGGCCACAGCUGGUGGUGCUGUCGCCUCUGAAGGAUUUGGAGGAAAGGUCUCUUCUGAAAUGGAUGAUUGGGGUUUGGAUUCCGAGUUUGGUGGGGGAGGCCAUGAUGUGGGUGGCACAACUACUGAGCUUGAAGGGCUUCCACCACCUCCUUCUGGGAUAUCAGGUUCCACAGCAAAAGGCAAAGGGGUGGACAGUUACAAGCAGGGGCAAUUUGCUGAUGCUAUUAAGUGGCUUUCAUGGUCUGUCAUCCUUCUAGAGAAAGCUGGGGAUAAUGCAGGCACAGUGGAGGUUUUGUCAUGCAGGGCUUCAUGUUACAAGGAAGUUGGGGAGUAUAAAAAGGCAGUGGCGGAUUGUACAAAGGUUCUUGAAAACGAUGAAACCAAUGUAUCUGUCCUCGUACAGCGAGCUCUCUUGUACGAGAGUAUGGAAAAGUACAAACUUGGUGCGGAAGACCUGAGAACUGUGCUGAAGAUUGAUCCUGGGAAUAGGAUUGCUAGAAGUACCGUUCACCGGUUGGCUAAGAUGGCCGAAUAGAGUUUUUUUUUUUGUUCUUUUCUUUUUCCUUUAAUUUUUACAUCAUAUAGGUUUAUACCACCCCCAUCCCCAUUUUCCUUUGCCAUGAUAGUUAGGGGUUGAUAUGAUAUGAACUGCUUUUGGUUGCUGCUGUCACCCUUCUUAUUAUUUUCUAUGUAUGGUUUAUUUCAUUCUGGCUUAUGUCUUGAAAUUAACAUUUUCAUUUCCUU